AUGAAUCAAACGUCAUCACAAUCGUCUUCCUCUACAUCACCUCCUUUAGCUUCAGCAAAGCUUUCUUCGAUAGAAACUGGCAUUUGUGGUGCAGUUGCUGGUAUGGUAUCUAGAUUUGUUUCUUCACCAUUGGAUGUUGUAAAGAUCAGAUUACAAAGUUUAUGGAAGGGUAAUAUUUCAGCGGAAUUUUUAUAUUUAUCGUAUGGAUCCAUACAAUUUUUGACAUAUCAAAAAAUACAUAAUUUAUUCUUAAAUUACGAAAAGAACAAUUCAUCAUCAUUAUCAGUAUUAUUAUCAAACAAAACAUUACAAUCAUUUAUUGCUGGCGGAAUAUGUGGAAGUACUGCCACCUUCUUGACAUAUCCUUUUGAUAUAUUAAGAACUAGAUUUGCUGCACAAGGAGAAACAAAGUUAUAUAAUGGAAUCAUGGAUGCAAUUAGACAAAUUCAUUCUCAAGAAGGAUUUAAAGGAUUUUAUAAAGGAUUAACCGCAUCAAUUAUGCAAAUUAUUCCCUAUAUGGGUUUAAUGUUUGGUAGCUUUGAAUUAUUUAAAAAAACAUUUGAACAAUUCGAGGAAAAAAAUCAAUAUUUAAAAAUGUUUUCAUCAACAAAUGAUAUGAUUAUAGGAGCAAUGUCUGGUAUAAUAAGUAAAACAGGUGUAUUUCCAUUAGAUUUAAUACGUAAACGUAUGCAAUUACAAAUACCUCCUUCACCAAAACAAAAAUAUUUUUUUAUAAAUUAUAUUCCUUUAUAUACCAAUUCAAUAAUAGUUAAUAUUAAAACUAUCAUAAGAAAUGAAGGUUUCUGUGGGCUUUAUAGAGGUUUAACUCCUGCUAUAAUUAAAGCUGCUCCUGUUAGCGCUGUAACUUUUUUCGCUUAUAAUAAAACUAGAGAAGUUUUAGAAAAAUUACAUUAA